UUCGUCAACACUUCUCCAAAAAUAAUUUCUACCCAAAAAGAACAACAAGUGACUUUCACGUGCAAUGCAUUUGGCUCACCGCGCCCUAUCAUUACAUGGAGGAGGUCUCAUGGAACUCUGUCUGCUUCAAGAACUCUUACCACGGACGGAAAUCUGUCUAUAAUGAAUGUGACGAUAGGUGACAGUGGCUUCUAUGUAUGCAAUGCUACGAGUGCUGAACAAAAAAAUUCUUCAUCUGUAGAGCUUAAAGUGUUUUAUAGUCUUGCCCACGUAGUCAGCCCAGAGUUAUCAGUUACCCUGUACGUUGGUCAAGCUUUGAAAUUGUCGUGUCCUACUUCAAGUGGAACAGAGUUGUGGCUGUACAAUGGAAGUGUGUCAGUGCGUCAAGAUGUAUACCUCGAGACACCAGGCAUAUUACUUAUUCCUUCCCUUAGGAAAGAUCACGUGGGUAACUACUCUUGUCUAUCAGGAGAGUCCCUUCGGUGGAAUGUAAGUCUUCAUGUUAAAAUUCCAGAAACAUGCAGCAUAGUCAAGCAGAGCAUUUGUGAUGCCAGCGGUGAUUACGUCAUAGAUCCUGAUGGUGAACGAGGCGAAGAUCCGUUUACCGUUUACUGUAACAUGACCGACAAGGGAGGGGUUGGGGUAACCGUUGUCAGUCAUGACAGCGAGAGCAGAAUCCUUGUAAAAGGAAUCGAGGCCCCGGGUGGUUACAGACGAGACAUUCAUUACAUCGGUGCCAGUCUCUCUGAGAUCAAAGGACUCACAGAAGUUGCCGCAAAUUGUCAGCAAUUCAUCAGAUAUGAGUGUUAUGGUUCCAUAUUGCUUGACCAUAAUAGAAAUAAUAGAUAUGGUUGGUGGGUGUCACGUGAUGGCGCAGAUAUGACGUAUUGGGGUGGCGCUACUCGUGGAUGUGCAUGCGGAACGACUAGGUCGUGCGACGACACAUCCAAGUGGUGCAAUUGUGAUAAGAAUGAUCAUGUCUGGCGCGAGGACAGCGGUCUUCUGACAAAUAAGUCGCAUCUUCCGGUCUCUCAGCUAAGGUUUGGAGACACUGGUCAGUCUACAGAAAAAGGAUAUCACACUUUAGGAAAACUAGAAUGCUAUGGAAUGAGUUGACGAUGAAUAUAGUAUCAAUGCAUGGUUGAGGAAACUAGUAUGCACUGGAUAAAACUUGAGAAUUGAACAGUGUGUGUAAAAACAAAAAGCAGAAAAAGGAUCUGAAGCAAACCGACAAGAAUCCAGGUCUGCAAGAAAUCUUACCUCGCGAAUCUACUCCGGAAUCAACGUGCAAGGCAGAUUAUAUCGAAAUGUUUAGAAGACGGAAGUCGGACAAACGAAAAAGACAUUUACCGAUUCGGUUAGGCCUAGACUGAUUCAGGGGACAAUGAAUCAUCUUUGAAAUGUAUUUAAACGUUUGCCAGAUCUUGAGCUGAUGACUUCACGUUUGCAGAAGCUGAAAAUUAUAAGCCGUUGUAGUUUUAAGAGGACUUAUAAAUGGAGGGGCAUAUUCAGGGGGAACUACAGCUGUAUAACAGGAAUAGAAAAAGUUCUUUGACACAAGCUAUAGCAUAGGCUCAAGUCUCUGACACCCAAGGCUGGAGACUGAGCCAAUGCUAUGGCAGUGCUGAUCAAGAUAUGUUUUGUGUUUACUGGUGUUAACUGGUUUUCAAUUAAACUUCAAAAUGGCAUUAUUAAGCGAAUUCAUUUUAUUAAAUGUGUAGUGAGGCCUUUAGUCAGAGGGGGUUAUAAUCAGAUGUAUUUUUUAUUUACAGGUCGAUGGACCUACAACUGGGGGCAAGGCUUAUGAGCGGCAGUUUGUCCAAUUAUUUUAAAACAGCCCUAUGAAGAAAGAAAAAUAAUAAACAUUCCAAAUCUACUCUAAAGAUCGCCGCGGCGCUCAUUAAAUUUAAUGAAAUGGAACAUUAAAACUUCCUAUUUGCAAAUAACAGAUAAUUAUUAAAGAAACCAUUGUUGAUAACACAUUGCUUUGCCACAAAAUUUUUCCUUUCCUUUGUUUUAUUUAAAACGAUAAUUUUAAAGGUCUAUGCCCCUUUCCAGAUGAGUUUUUGAAAUUAAUACUUUAGUUUUCUAAGUGGAGUACUCGUUCUUAUUAUGAUUAGAAGGCGGCAAUAUUGGAGUAAAUAUAUGUACAGUUGGAGACCUUUCUUUCUUAAAACAGUAGGAGAAGAUGUACGCUGCGCACGGUAAUAACUGAGUAGUCUAAAGAGUUAUUUGAGAGGAAAAUAUAGUAGUUUCGUGAAAAACGUUGUUGGAUGAUCAGCAAAGAAAUAAAAACUGACAGUUGUUAUACUCUGACAAAUGCGCCAGAUGCAAAGAGCCAAAGGUAAUGAAGAAAAAAAUUAGAAGUGCUAGUUUGUGUGACUUCAGUUCUCUAAGAAUUUCCUUUUAUAAGGAUAAUAACGAUAAAUUAUUCAGAACACUUAAAUUAAACGUCGCAAAAAGUUGUGACGCGAAAUUACCUUAGUCUAUGGAAAGCUUGUAUACUCUCACGUUGAAGUUUAGAUAUGGAAUUUGUUGCAUCAAAGUUGCCAUUUCUGUUUCUUUUCCUUAUGGCCGUUUGUAGAGGAGAGGAAGGUAAGUUAGUUAAAAUCCUGUAUGCGUGGAAAGGUGUGAAAAUAAAUGUGACUGCUUAAACAAUAACGUUUCAGGCCAUUCCGACAUAGUUAACAUCAAACGUAUAGCCCGGAUCCUAGACUGCGAGCAGUUUCUUAGUUUUCUUUGCAAAGUUACGGCACACGAAACCUAGCACGCGAGCCGCGAGAAACGAGGGCGUAAGCUCGAGAAGAAAAAAUAACGUCUCGUCUCAAUCCCUUAUUGUAAUAAUAACGUCGUGGUUUGCAAUCGCGCUGGAUGAGAUAAAAACUAGACGGAUUUGAAGAGAAAAGGCGGACUGCAAGCAGUCUUAUAACCCGGAUCCAGAACGAAUCUGAAAAUUAAUCUUUUUAAGAGUAAAUUAAUCAGUCCUGUAAAUUUUCGUUAUUAAAACGAUUGCUUCUUAUGUUUACAAAGAGACUAUUGCUGUUUCUAUUACUAACUUAUUGACUUCGUUAUAAAGAGGAAAGAUGUUUUACCGGUUUCUAAGUCUUUUGUAAGUUCAGGCCUAACAAUAACGAAAUAAAUUGGGGCUCAUAUAAAAAAGCGCUGGAAAUUUGCUUUUGUUACAUAAACAACACAUUGUUGCUUAACAACUAUGUAACGUGCGCCUCGUCAACUCAUUCCAUAACAUUCUAGUUUUCCUAGAGUGUGAUAUAUAUCCUUUCUGAAUAGAAUGACGUCGCAUUAAUAGACCUUGUCACGGUUUUCGACGCCAUCUUGACGAGUAGGCAAACGUGUGAGAAAUUACAGUGUUUGUAUGAGAAUCUAAUGUCGAAUAAUUUCCGUAAAACGUCUUUUCUGAAAAAAUAUCAAUUGUAAACUAAAGCUUCAUUGUUAAGGAUUCUACUGAAAAAAAUUGAGGGCGUUAAAGCGCUAGAAGACCUAGAACCACUUUUUAAAAUUUUCCAUACAUUUGUCUGUAGGAAAGUCGCUGGAAAAAUUACAGACAAAUAUAUGGAAAAUCUAAAGCAAGCCUCUGGAGACAUUUAAGCACAGGUACGCCCCAAUAGUUUGUAGUACAAUCCUUUGCUUUGUAGCUUUAGUUUACAAUUGAUAUUUUUUUCAGAACAGCCGUUUUACGGAAAUUAUUCGACAUUAGAUUCUCAUACAAACACUGUAAUUUCUCACACGUUUGCCUACUCGUCAAGAUGGCGUCGAAAACCGUGACAAGGUCUAUUUAUUCCUUCACAGUUUGUGAACAAGAAAAGAAAAAGGAUUGGGCACCGUUGUUUUUAUCUCUGAUGUUUGCCGCUUUUCAUUACCAGUCUCCUCUACUAGCUUAAGGUCCCAAUCCAGGAUCUGAAUACAAUAUAUGAUGCUAAGUAUGGAAGUGUCCUAUGCAAUCAACAGGAACUGACUGUCCCCGUGAAGUGAAGUUCACCGAUUUCAUGGAGGGCCGCAUUCUUUUGGGUCACGUGUUUAAAAGAAUUGAAAUCAAAUCGCCUGAUGUUUGUGAGGUCAACUGUUUUCUAGCAGCAGACUGCGUGUCAUUCAAUAUUGGACCACUACAAGAUGGAAAGUAUUGGUGUGAACUGAGUAACUCUGAUCACAUAGCACAUCCUCAGGAUCUCGUGAAUGGAGUCGGUACCAUUUAUCAGCCAUUCCUGGUAAGAAUAAGGAAUAUUUCAUGACCAAAUAUUGCAUGGUCGUAGCUCCUAAAAUAAUCAUGUAAAAAUAUAACCUGCGAAGGAAGACAGCUUACAUUUCGCGACACCACCACCACCACCACCACCACUGGUUUAACUGCGAAAUAACGUUUGACGUCACCUUGGUUGGAGAACCCACUGCCCUUGGCUCAGUCCGUAGCCUGUUCCAAGCUCUCAGAUAGUGGGGAAGGCGCGAAAGUGUAGGACGCGCGAAAAUGGGGGCGGGGCGGGAAAAAAAAGGAAAAGGAAGGGAGAGAGAUGAUUACAGGCUCCGCCGCCUCCCCCGGCUCUCCCCAGUUUCCUCCCGUUUUUUUCGUGUUCGCGCUUUCUCAAUUCCGUGGGCCCGACCAUCUCGGAGCCUGGAACAGGCUACUCAGUCCGGGGCUAAAGCAACCAAGUUUUUUGGAGCGGUAGUUAUUUUUAUAUGAUAAUUAAUUGUCUGCUGCUUCUGAAUUGCCCCAAUAGGUUGCUGUUAAAACGAUGAACAAUAAUUUAUAUUUUUUGCUACAGAACCACUGUGCAAGCAAUCCCUGUCCUUUGAAUGGCCGUUGUCAAACGGGCUUCACUGAUAAAGGUUACCGCUGUGUGUGUCCCGUGGGAUUCACUGGCCAAAACUGCAGCAAAGGUAUUUUCUACAGUAUACUUCCGCAUAUGAAAAGGGUGGGGAUGCUUGUCGGAAAUUUUGAAUUAACCCCCUAAAGGAGACCGAUCUGGGCGUGGCCCAAGCUUUUUUGACCCCUAAAAGAGACCAUGUUAAAACACAGACACUAUCUAUAUUUUUAUAUUUUUUCGCGUGCAACCCUAAACGAGACCUUCACGGCUAAAUAUGAUGGCGUUUUGCCCAGAACACCCUAAGUGAGGCCAAAAUCCGAAAUUUACAGCUCUAAGCGAGACGACGAAUAUCCCCACCCUUUCAUAUGCGGAGUCCGCCCCCCCGGACUUUUAAUAUGAAACUGAUUUAGAUAGUUUCGUUAGAACGGCUCUAUCUUUAAAUGCUGUUAAUUGCACAUACAAGAUUCACAUACAACCCGAGUAAUGUCGUCGCUUAGUCCAUUUAAGCAAUUCUACAAGCUUACGGCCUUAAUUCAGAAAGAAGUUCUGUGCGCCAUUUGUCCCUUGACAUCAAAUUCUGGAGAUUAAGAGAGAGGUAACAGUAUUAGGUAAAAUUUGGCCACCGAAAUGCCUGGCCGGGAAUCUUCCUUUUUAAUUUUCGGCUAUUUCUCAUGAGGAAAAGGGAUAAGACGCUUAACAUAUCAGGGGUUACCCGCGGCGUUAAUUGUAAAAAGAUAAAAAAGUAAAAUAAAUAAAUAAAUUGAAAAUAAAAGGUUAGCAAAAUAAAAUAAAAUGCUAUCAUAUACUAUAAGGCUCUAGUACCCCAGUUUAAUCUUCUUGUCUUGUCUUAUCUUGUUAUGGAUGAAGUUUGCCGUUCCGUUUUCUUUAAAGAACCCCCUUAUCAUCUCUUAUUUCAGGUUAUUAUGAGACGUCGGGCAAUUCAAAAAAUAUUCACUAUUAUUUUGCCUUUUUUUCUUGUGCAGUGACUCUAUUCGUCUACACUUCUCCAAAAAUAAUUUCCACCCAAAAAGAACAACAAGUGACUUUCACGUGCAAUGCACUUGGCUCACCGCGCCCUAUCAUUACAUGGAGGAGGUCUCAUGGAACUCUGUCUGCUUCAAGAACUCUUACCACGUACGGAAAUCUGUCUAUAAUGAAUGUGACGAUAGGUGACAGUGGUUUCUAUGUAUGCAAUGCUACGAGUGCUGAACAAAAAAAUUCUUCAUCUGUAGAGCUUAAAGUGUUUUAUAGUCUUGCCCACGUAGUCAGCCCAGAGUUAUCAGUUACCCUGUACGUUGGUCAAGCUGUGAAAUUGUCGUGUCCUACUUCAAGUGGAACAGAGUUGUGGCUGUACAAUGGAAGUGUGUCAGUGCGUCAAGAUGUAUACCUCGAGACACCAGGCAUAUUACUUAUUCCUUCCCUUAGGAAAGAUCACGUGGGUAACUACUCUUGUCUAUUAGGAGAUUCCCCUCGGUGGAAUGUAAGUCUUCAUGUUAAAAUUCCAGAAACAUGCAGCAUAGUCAAGCAGAGCAUUUGUGAUGCCAGCGGUGAUUACGUCAUAGAUCCUGAUGGUGAACUAGGCGAAGAUCCGUUUACCGUUUACUGUAACAUGACCGACAAGGGAGGGGUCGGGGUAACCGUUGUCAGUCAUGACAGCGAGAGCAGAAUCCUUGUAAAAGGAAUCGAGGCCCCGGGUGGUUACAGACGAGACAUUCAUUACAUCGGUGCCAGUCUCUCUCAGAUCAAAGGACUCACAGAAGUUGCCGCAAAUUGUCAGCAAUUCAUCAGAUAUGAGUGUUAUGGUUCCAUAUUGCGUGUCCAUAAUAGAAAUAAUAGAUAUGGUUGGUGGGUGUCAAGUGAUGGCGCAGAUAUGACGUAUUGGGGUGGCGCUACUGUGGGGUGUGCAUGCGGAAUGACUAAUUCCUGCGACAAGAGUGCUAAGCUGUGCAAUUGUGAUAAGAAUGAUCAUGUUUGGCGCGAGGACAGCGGUCUUCUGACAAAUAAGUUGCAUCUUCCGGUCUCUCAGCUAAGGUUUGGAGACACUGGUCAGUCUGCUGAAAAAGGAUAUCACACUUUAGGAAAACUAGAAUGCUAUGGAAUGAGUUGA